AUGUUAGUCCUGGACGAUUUGUGGAAUGAGAAUGUAGAAGACUGGGAAAAGCUCAAGAAUCUGCUAGGUGUGGGUGAUUAUGGAAGCAAAAUCUUAAUCACUACGCGUAAUGAAACAGUUGCAUCCAUUGUUAAAGGUAUAAUGCCACCUUACAACCUUAAGUGCUUAUCCGUGAAUGAAUGCUGGUCUAUUAUAAAAUACAAGGCAUUUGCACCCGGUGGCGCAUUUGAGUCCCCAGAUAUGGCAAAAAUAGGUGAAGUAAUAGCAAGUACAUCCGGUGGUUUACCACUUGCUGCAAAUGUUCUCGGAAACCUUAUGCGCUUGCAUAAAACUGAGAAUGAUUGGUCGUCAAUCCGAGACCAUGGUAGUUUGAGUUCAAUAGAUGCAUCAACCAAAAUCAUAUCAAUAUUAAAGUUAAGCUAUGAUAAGUUACCCUUGCAUUUGAAACUUUGCUUUUCCUACUGCUCUUUAUUCCCGAAGGAUUGGGAGCUCAAUAGGGAAACUCUCGUUCGAUUAUGGAUGGCUGAAGGGUUACUUCAUCCAUCUCAUACAGAAGACCUGAUAGCACCAGAAGAUGUUGGUAAUGAUUAUUUCCAUAGUUUGUUGGCCCAUUCGUUCUUUCAAGAUGUAACAUUCGAUAAGUUAGGCAACAUCAAAACAUGCAAGAUGCAUGAUUUAGUACAUGAUCUUGCCCAGAGUGUCAACGGUGUUCAUGAUAUGAAGAUUGUGAAUUCUGGUGAAAUAGAAUCUACUACUAAAUAUCGGCGUUUGCAGUUACAUAUAGACGAGCAUACGUCAAAAACAUUUUCAAUAUUCAUGAAAAAAACAAAAAGUCUGAGGUCUGUUUUUUCCCUUGAAAAUGAUCGUUUGGGAGAACAUUUACUUUAUGGAAAGAAUCUGCGGGUAGUUUGUUUGCUUCGUCAGCAUGUUCUAGUCAUUCAUUCUUGGUUCCCUAAGCAUAGGCAUUUGAGGUACCUGGACCUGUCUUAUUGUAGUUUUGAUGAAGGACACGAUGUGUCCAUCGAUCAACUUUACAAUUUGCAGACAUUAGUGCUUCGUAAAUGCAAAAAUAUUAAAAUGAUUCUUGUAGGCAUUAGGUCUCUGAAAAAUUUAAGGCACCUAGAUCUGUCGUCUUCAGAUGUUGAAAAGCUACCUGAUUCUGUGGUUCAGCUAACUAAAUUGCAGACAUUAGAUAUAAAUUCUUGCCAGAGUUUAGAAGCCUUACCUGUAAAUUUUGGGACUUUGAAAGAUCUACGAAAGUUGAAAUUCAAAGGUUGUAUUGCUUUACGAGUAUUACCCGAGUCAUGCUUCAACAGCCUUUGCAAUUUGGAGUUGAUGGAUUUUGGAUACCGUGGGCUUCCCAAAGAAAUAAAAAAUUGGCCAAAAUUGAGAAUUCUUAAACACAAAAGGCAUACGAAAGAUGAAAUGCCCAGAGGUAUAGAAACUCUAACUUUCCUUGAAGUGUUAGAUUCUUAUGUGGUCAGGAACAAAAAUACCAUAUCUUGUAGUGGUGGUGGUAGUGGGAUCGAAGAGUUAGCCAACCUGAAUUCUUUGCAAGUGCUAGUGAUUCGCAAUAUGGAGUUUGUGAGAGGUGGUAUUGACGCGGAGAGAGCAAAGUUAAAGGAUAAAAUGAACCUCCGUAAAUUGUAUUUAAGAUGGGAGUCCAAAAUCGAUAUUCAUGACAAUGAAAUGGCGGUUGGUAUGUUGGAUGCUCUCGAACCUAACCUUAAUUUGAGAAAGUUGACAAUAUGUGGUUUUCCGGGUUUAAAGCUUCCAAAAUGGAUGGGUUCAACCAGCAGCCUACCGAAUUUAGUGGAAAUAACGCUUUGGGAUUGCAGUAAAUGUGAGAAGCUACCAGCGCUAGGUCUGCUCCCAUGUCUUCAGGUUCUCGAGAUUAAAAGGAUGAAAUCAAUGAAGUGUAUCGGUGAAGAAUUAUUUAGCCAGCAAGAAGAAGAAAGAAUCAUCAACAGCAGUAGUAAUACCAAAAAUGCUACAACAAUAUCAUUAUUCCCUUCGUUAAUUGAAUUGAGCAUCAAAAACAUGCCAAGUUUAGAAGAAUGGGUUUCUCCGCAGCUUCCGAUUUAUAAUUCAUUUCCUUCCCUCCAGAAGCUAGAAAUCCGUAAAUGUCCAAAAUUGAGAAGUACACCAACACUACAAGGAAGAUGGUGUAUUGCAACAUGUCAUUCAUGUGGCUAG